AAUUAUUCAAAUUAAGCCUAUAAUGACGUCAUACGGACGAUUAUUGCUGCUAUUGGCUGUUGUUCUCUUGCUGUGUGAAACUGGAAAUGCUUGGCGUCGCCGCAGAAGACGUAGAUGCGCAACACAUUCAUGUACAUGGAAGUGGGGUGCGUGCAGCAAAACCUGCGGAGGAGGGACGCAAUCCCCCAUCAAAACUGGAAGUCAGGGGGCGUGUGGAUCGUGCAGUAUGCCAUCCGGAGCCAGGAGCUGUAACACUCAGUGCUGCCGAGAGAAUUGCUACUGGGUUUCGUGGGACAAUUGGGGCACUUGUUCUCGAUCAUGUGGGGGAGGCACUCAGGACAGAUUUCGCGGGAGAAAGGGGCCAACUUGCGGUGGGAGCUCGUGUAGCGGUCCUUCAACUGAAACACGGUCUUGCAAUGGGCAGUGUUGUCCCGUAGAUUGUGCGUGGGCACAGUGGGGUAAUUGGGGGACAUGUUCUAGUUCUUGUGGGGGAGGGAUGCAGUUUCGAGGCCGCGGAUACUCCAUAUCGUCAUCUUGUGGUGGGAAGUCGUGUCCAGGGGUUAUAACCGAAUCAAGAACUUGCAACGAGAAUUGCUGCCCAGUAAAUUGCCAAUGGGAAAAUUGGAGCGAAUGGGGGGUUUGUUCUUUAUCAUGUGGGGGUGGUUUACAAAGUCGAUCCCGCGGGGAAAACCCUGUAAUGUCAUGUGGGGGUGACGAAUGUACCGGGGCGCCUACCGAAUCCAGACAAUGCAACGCUCAGUGCUGUCCGGUUAAUUGCGCCUGGGGGGCCUGGAGAGAUUGGUCCCAAUGCUCCCGGAAGUGCGGUGGGGGUACUCAAUCACGUGGUCGAGACAUUUUGGUGCCAAAAUUUUGCGGUGGUAAUGAUUGCGUUGGGCAGAAUACUCAAACGCAAAAUUGCAAUGAACAAUGCUGUCCGGUGGACUGCAAGUGGAACCAGUGGAGUGAUUGGAACACUUGUACAAAAACAUGCGAAAAGGGGACUCAAGAUAGGACACGAGAGAUCGCUAUCGAGUCAUUUUGUGGGGGAAAGUCCUGCGCGGGAUCCAAUCAGGAUACAAGGUUCUGUAAUGAUGUCUGUUGCCCAAUCCAUUGUCAAUGGGAACCCUGGACAAGCUGGAGUGGUUGCACCAAAACAUGCGGAGGUGGACUACAGCAUCGUGAUCGUGGUGUUAAAGUGGCAGCUUUAUGCAAAGGAGAAGAAUGUCUGGGAACGAAGCAUGAAGUACAGGCAUGCAAUACUCAUUGCUGUGCGGUGGAUUGUGUUUUAUCACCUUGGACUGAUUGGUCAGAAUGUUCCACCACUUGUGGUGCUAAAGGACUACAAACACGUCAUCGCAACAUUACUCAACAAAUGGAAUGCGGGGGAAAAGAAUGUGAUUUGAACAUGGACGAGAACCAUGAAUGUAACAGAAUUUGUUUCAAUGGUGGAAAACUGGCAACUGGGGAAUGUGAGUGCGCAGUUGGAUGGACUGGAGAAUGCUGCCAAGAAGACAUUGAUGAAUGUUCGUCCAUCACUUGUACACCGAACUCAAAAUGUUUCAACACAGACGGUUCAUACGAAUGCGUUUGCAACCAGGGGUAUACUAAGGAUAAUGGGAGAUGUCUGGAUGUGGACGAAUGCCAACAGAGUCUCCAUGAUUGCCAUGACCAGGCUGAAUGUAUCAAUGAGGAUGGACAUUACAUCUGCAGAUGUGAUCCUGGCUUCACAGGCGACGGCACAAAAUGCUCCGAUAUUGACGAGUGUACGUUGGACAACACUACGACAGACUACUAUGAAUACAAUUAUGUUUAUGGCAAUCAGAACUUAAUGAUUCCGUCACCUUUAUGUCAUGACGAAGCAACCUGUUCUAACACUUAUGGAAGUUACAUCUGCCAAUGCAAUCAUGGGUAUUCAGGAAAUGGACUACAGUGUGAAGAUAUCGAUGAGUGUCAGUUGCCAGAAAUGACUCAUCGAACAAAGACUGACUCAGCUUUUCUUGACAAACGACAAAACGAAGUCAACAACAUUGUCCUCUGUGAUCUGCACGCAACUUGCAAGAACUCUGCAGGAAGUUAUGACUGUUGGUGUAAUGAUGGGUAUUAUGGAAAUGGAUUCGUUUGCCAUGAAACUAACGAAUGUGAUUCUCAACCUUGCCUUCAUGAAGGAACGUGCAUUGACCAAGUCGACAUGUUCACUUGUCUUUGUAAGAGCGGAUAUACUGGCAGUACUUGUGAAAUAGAUAUCGAUGAAUGUUUGAUGAAUGAAGAAGAAGCGUCUGGAGAUUCAAGCGGUAGCGGGGGAACUUUUUUAUCAUUAUCUUCAACCAUCUGUCACAAAGAUGCAACAUGCUCAAAUACACACGGAAGUUAUAUCUGUCUUUGCAACCAGGGUUUCACUGGGAAUGGAAUUGACUGCAUUGAUAUUGAUGAAUGUGCAAAGGGCAUGAUUCACACGACCCCUGGAUUCGCUUAUGGAAGUGGUUUUGAAGAAGAAUCAUCAGGCAGUGGUAUGAUGACAGUAAACUGGUCUCCUGCUUGCCAUUCUUAUGCUACAUGCAAGAAUACUGUUGGAAGUUAUGAGUGUAAAUGUAGAGAUGGAUAUCAUGGUGAUGGAAAGUACUGUACAGACAUUCACGAAUGUGAUACUGGAACCCAUAGAUGUGACUUGAAACAUGGGAAAUGCAUCAACAAUGUUGGAUCUUAUCAAUGUAUUUGCGAAGAAGGAUACAGUGGGGAUGGCUCGACUUGUGCUGAUGUGAAUGAAUGUAUACUUGGGUUUCAUUCCUGUAUUGGAAAACACCAACUUUGUUUGAAUACUGAUGGAAGUUAUUCGUGUGUCUGUGAGAAAGGAUAUCAGCUGAAGAAUGGAAUAUGUGAAGAUAUCAAUGAAUGUCAGCAUCAAUCACACAAUUGCAAUACUAACCAGAACCAAGUUUGCGUAAACACAGACGGAGGGUUCCAGUGCCGUUGUAAGGAAGGUUUUCAUAUGAAUGAGGAAACUUGUAAAGAUAUUGACGAGUGUUCCCCUGAAUCCAAUCUUUGCAAAGGAGUUUAUCAGACCUGCAGGAACACUGAAGGCAGCUACAGAUGUGAAUGUCAGUCAUUAAUGGUCAUGGUUGAUGGGGAAUGCCAAGAACAAGCUCCUAAUCUGCCGCAAAUCCAAGACUUAAAGUCUCAGAGUGGAAAGCGGGACAGCGAAGGUGAUGAUGGAAAUUUGACCAAAACCGUCAGUAGUCCACCAGUUCUGGCUGCUAUUAUUCUGAGUGCUGUAUUGCUGGUGGCAACCUUGUUUUUAGCAGUUCAGCUUUAUCAACGAAGAUUCCAAAGGCUUCUCCCUAUCUCAAACGCUGAUGACAUGGACGCAACUAUUGUAUCGGAAAACAACUUUACGGAAGAGAUUGCUCUGUGAUUCAACUGCUCUAAGAAUUAAUGAUUCCUAAUGGACAAAUUUCUCUUGUUAUACGAUUUCUUGAAAUUUUGUUUUUAAUGUUAUGUGUUUUUUUAGAACAGUGGUUUCCACCUUUUUUCUUUCGUGCCCACUUUUGUUUCACAAGCAAUUAUGUGGCCCAUUAAUUUUCUCAUACAAGGAAAAAACAAUUUAUUUUGUAAAGAUAGACCCUUUGAUAAUUAAAGGAGAAUUACCACUCAGAGACAGCAUCAUCAUUCAUUGCUGCUACAAUCUAAGUUUAACUAAUUCAUCAAUAACUCUAAGCAAUUUUUAAUUUGUCUGUGGGGUCCGUGGCCAGCGGUGGGAUUCAAAUUUUUUGUCAGCCGGUUUCUUCACAAAAGUCAUAUUUUUCAGCUGGUUCUGUUACAAAAAAUCAUUGACAGUAACCAGUAAUGCUAACCGGUUCGCUGAUCGCAUAAAAUUCUGUGAGGCGGUUCUAUAGAACAUGUGCGAAACGGCUGAAUCCUACCACUGUCCGCGGCUUACCUGGAAAUUAUUCUGUGACCCAAAAUUUGGCAAUGACCGCUGGUUGAUAACCGGUGUUUCAGAAUAUCACUGGGCUUCUGGACAGGCAGCCUGUGAUAUUUCAGAGGCAACUAUUUUUUUUUUCUUGAGCCAAGUUAUUCUGGUUCAUUUAUAGCCAAUCCAAAUUAAGCCUAUAAGAUUGGUAGCUGAUAACAAUGCCCUUUACACUCGCGAGGUGAGAAUAUAGCCCGUGGUAUGGUUGAAAAUAUGUGAUUUUAAUUUUUUGUUUAAAUGUAUUUUUAUGCAAAUCCGAACUUGAAAUUUAUAAAAUGAUAUAGAUUCAGAGAGUUCUAAUAUUAUUAACUAUGCAAUAAUUCUUAUCUGUGUCAGAAACAUAAAAUGAGUUUUCAUUAUUCCUGUCUUUCUAGUCUGGCAACACUGCUGAGACAUGUCAUGGGUUUAAAAACAUAUGUAUUCAGUGGUAACAACCUAAUGAUAUGAAACAGAGCCGUUGAUUCUAGUGUUGGCUCUUUUUUUAGGAAAAUUCUGGUUUUCUGAUUACGGAGAUUCUGGCUAUAUCAUUAGAGAAAUUUUGAUUCCGAAUCCCAGCUGGAACUCCCAAAAAACCCAAUUUGAUAACAAAAGCUUUGGCUUAAGCAAGAGUUUGUCUAUUGAUAAUGCUUAGCCAAUUCAAUGAUUUUUGAGUUUUUGACAAAAAAGCUGACUUUGACCGUCACAACAAGUAAAAAUCCUAAACAUAAACUCAUAUGCGCAUUAGAGGCCGAAUAAUUCCCUUCCGAAACAAAUCACUUUUUACAGACAUAAAACCUAUAAUUUGAUUAUGUUCAACCCGUUUCUUCAUUAUAUUUUCCUUUGUACGAAAUCUCUGGUCAGAAAAGUCUGUAAGACAUCUGCAACAUAAAAUCAAAUUCGCAUUUCGAGAAAUAUAUUGUGUUGCUGAAUUCUUGAAGCAAACAGUUUUAUUAAUUCGCCCUUUUCGAAGCCUGGUCUUAGCGUAAGUUUGAAAAAGCGAUAUUCCAGUAGUGUGUGUACCGGGUUAGGCCAUAAUUUUAUUCCGAUUUUCCUCAUUUUAGUUCUAUUAUUAGUUCGGGGACUAUCUGUGUUAGCGAAAUGAAUAUACACCCUCCCUAUAGGCUUCAGUCUCUUUAUACAUUUUGAUGUAAAGUAGGCAAAUAAAAUUAGUUACCUCCAUAUUGGUACACAUACUUCUGGAGCGCUGAAAAUU